GAAACUGGCACGCGUAACGGGUCUAUAUGAGGAGGAGCUCCGACAAACGUUUCUGAAAAAGCCAACACACCCUUUGGCUUGGUUGAGCAAAUCCCUUUGUCCUCUCGUACCCCAUUUUCUCUAAAACCACAAACUAAAUAAGAAAAGCGACGAAUCUCUGUUCACUACGACUUCUGUUUGUCAUGAACUGGAGCAAGUUUAUUAGUAAAUUCUUAGUACUGCUAGUAGCAGUGCCAAUUCAUGCCUUUACUCUUGAUGCCAACAACAAUGCUUCGGUAGUUGAGGGCAUGAAAAUUACCACAAAUGGCCUUAUGGACUAUUACAGUGCAUCUGGAUUCUCGUUUGUCAGUGUUUACUGGUGGUUGACGGGUUCCAUCUGUGAUGCGUUUUUCAAGACCAUUGCACUUACGGGCAACAAGACGUAUUACAACAUGGUAAACCAGAUCAUGGUCUAUCAAGCUGGCGACAACUUUGACUAUGCCCCCGAAUCGCAAAAACUCGACCUCGGAAACGACGACCAAGCUUUCUGGGGUUUGUCGGCAAUGACAGCUGCCGAAUUCGGCUUCUCUGGCACUGCUGACAAGAAUCAUUCCUAUCUUGCAGCUGCCGAACGUGUUGUCGAAGAAGAGAUGAGCCGCUGGGAUGACAGUACUUGCGGCGGUGGUAUUCGCUGGCAAUUGUACUCGUUCCGCAACGGAUACAACUACAAGAACUCUGUGACCAACGGAGCCGUUUUCCAGAUCGCCGCUCGACUCGCUCGCUAUACUGGCAACGAGACAUACGUUGACAUUGCCAACAAACUGUGGGACUGGAGCGUGUACGUUGGCUUCCUUAACUCGACUGACUACACAGUCAUUGAUGGAGGCAUGACAGAGUACGACUGCUAUACCAUCGAUGUCACUCAAUGGUCGUACAACGUUGGUCUGUACUUGGGCGGUGCUGCCUACAUGUACAAUUACACAGACGGUGAUAGUACGUGGAAGGAGCGUCUUGAUGGACUUGUUAAUAAGUCCAUCACGACUUUCUUCAAGGACGGCAUUCUGUACGAACCUGCUUGUGAAAUUGCAAACACUUGCAACGCUGAUCAAACUUCUUUCAAGGGUUAUCUCGCCCGGUUCUUGGGCUAUGCCAUGAAGCUUGCUCCCUAUACCCGUGACACUAUUUUGCCUUUGAUCAAAAAGAGUGCAGAAGCCGCUGCCCUUGCGUGUUCCGGUGGACGUGAUGGCUAUACGUGUGGUGGCCGUUGGUAUUGGAAUAAUGGUACAUGGGACGGAAACUACGGUGUUGGUGAUGAGCUCUCUGCUCUCGAAGUCAUGCAGACCGUCCUUAUCGAUCAAUACCCCGUUCCCCUGAAGGCUCACUAAGGGAGUAUAGGAGUACUGAAAAAAACAGACACUACGCCCAGAGACGACACAAGAAUAUCUCAGGCAUUCAAGAUUUCAAGGCACUUGCUUGUCUUCAUCAGACACACCGAUUUGCUUUUCAUAUGUGUAUGUCAUCGCAGCUUUCACCAUUCCCAUUUGCAUGUAUGUCGCAUAACAUGUAGCAUAC